AUGAUCUCUGAAUCACUCUUGGAGUUUGAAGAAUCACUUUCUCAAGUGUCCCCUUCGAAGCAGCUCUUGCUAGAUCAUUUGGAUGUCCAGAGCGAGCUCAACAGAUACACAGACGGCACGCCCCUUAGUGAUGACAUUACGGAAGAGUCUUUCGACGCCAUCUUCGAGAACCACCUGUACUGGUUGGACAAUCUCACCUGCUGUGAUAGAUGUGGGCACCCGUUAUCUGAAAUGAACUCCAGCUGCUGUGCUCGAUUCAUCCAAACCCACCGUCGAGGCUGCAGUUCGGAGACUGAAAAGAACUACUGGCUUGCAUUCUUGCAGAAUCCUUACAAAACUAUAUUGAUGUUGCCAAACUAUACACUCAUGGUAUUCUUACAGAAGGGAAUUCCGUUCCAGCUCCGCCCCAUGAUUUGGCAGAAACUCAUUACAGUCAAUCAAGAGAAUCAUGGCUUUAUACCUGACCUGUGCUCCAUGCUUUACAAGAAUUUCCAGCACUCUUACAAUGCCGGAAUAGCGAAGCAGAUAAACAAGGACUUGAGCAGAACCUUCCCCAAUCUCGCGUUUUUUGAGCAGGCCGAUACCAUCAAAUCGUUACAAACCGUGCUUAACGUGUAUGCCAACUACGACCUCGAGCUUGGUUAUUGUCAGGGCUUACUCUUUUUGGUGGGGACCUUAUACAGCCAAUUGAGGGACGAAGAACUCACUUUCCACGCGUUGUGCAAGGUCAUGGAUUCAGAACCUGAAUUGAGACAAAUCUUCAUACCUUCCACGAUGUCAUCCACCUUAGAGAAGUGGUAUCAGCAGUUCAUGACCAUCCUUGAAAGCAUUGAUCCAAAACUUUCAUCGCAUUUAGCUAGUUUCUGUGACUGCAAGGUGUUUUUGUACCAAUGGUGGUUGUCGUUUUCUCUCAUUCAUGCUCCAGAUUUGUCUAUCAACAAUAAGGUCGUUGACUUUUGCCUCAUUGAGGGGUGGAAGGUUGGUUCGUUCAAGAUUUCCAUUGGUUUGUUGCUCAAGAACAAGCCUAUUCUUAUGAGCUUCGAUGAGGGCGAUGAAGAGGUGGUCUACCAGCAUCUUUUGAAUGGUUCCAAAUGGGGCAAUGCAAUCAACAGCUUGCCAUCCUUUUUCGGUGAUUUGUUACUUUCUUGGGACUACACGAAAUUUGCAACUCUUGCCCAGCCAACUUCCUCAUCUAUGGGUCCAACACACAAGAGCGCUCACCUCAAGAGGAAGAAGACGCAUAAAAGAAACAUAUCUGUUAUGGAAAAGCUCAAAAACUUUUCCAUCAGCACAUCUCAAGAACUCACUCCACUCACGACUUCGCUGGCCGAGUCCAUUGGAUCGGAAUCCUCAACAGAUUUGUCGUUUGACAAGCUGACACACACCGCUAAUUCUGCCCUGUCUGUGUUUUCGGGCUCAAUGAAAGCGGACAUUGAGUCUGUCUAUUCAGAUCUCAGCUCUUGCUCAUCGGAGCAAAACAAGUUGUUUGUUGAAGUCCCAAGGACCACGAUGCAUAAGAAAGUUAUGAGUGAUCUAGGGCCAAUAGGAAUGGAUAGCGCGUUUGAUGACCUCGUUCUGGAGAACCAGAUGCUCAAAUUUUACUUGAGAAAGGCCAUGGAGCAUAUUGAUGAUGAGUCUGUGAAGACUGAAAUUAAUCAGGCAUUGGAUUGGUAG